UUGUCUGAGUUCAUGCCUGCCUUCUUCUCUACUCCGUUGUUUUGGUGAAGCCAAGAUGAAGCUCACAAUUGUCUUCGCUGGACUUCUUGGAGUCUUUCUGACCCCAGCCCUUGCUUCCACUGAUAUCAACAUUGGCGGUAACAGCAACAGUGGUAUAAGUGGGCAGCAGUCAGUGAGCGUCAACAAUGAGCAUAAUGUGGCCAAUGUGGACAAUAACAACGGAUGGGACUCCUGGAAUGCCCUCUGGGACUAUAAUACUGACCUUGCUGCAGUCAGACUCUUUGGCAAGAAGAAAUGCAUUGUGCAUAGAAUGAACAAGGACGCCAUGCCCUCUCUUCAAACUCUUGAUAAAUUGGUGAAGGAAAAGAAGCUUCAGGGUGAAGGAUCAGGAGGACCACCUCCCAAGGGCCUGAGGUACUCCAUCAACCCUAAAGAAGUCAGUGACCUGAGCAAGUUAGGAAAACCCAUUGCUAGCAUGUGCAGGGGGAUUCCAACAUACAUGGCUGAGGAGAUCAAAGGGACCAGCCUGUUCUUUUACAGAAGUGGUUGUUACGAUAUUAAUGUAUUGUUGCUUCUCAACUUUUCCUACUGUGGAGAAGUAAUUGAUGGUUAAAGAAAAAAAAAGUCACUUGGAAUUUAGUCAUCAGAAGAGUUGA